CGAACGCAUCACUCUCUCUUUCUGGGUUGCUGUAGUUCUGGGUUAAACGCACCAGCUUCAUCUUCACUUUUAACAGUCGGAUUCAAUUUUCUACUCGUAUGCCUCUCUUCGACAAUCACCAAACCGCAGCAACGAUGACGGAGGCGGAGGCGUUGGUGAAGGAGCACAACUCGAGCAAUGUAAAUGGUUUUCCAGAGGCCAACACAGAAGACAUGUUUGAUCACACAUACAAAGAGAAAGAAGGCCACAAACCUCCCAUGGUCAUCGUAUGGAGAAAUGUCUUUUUGAUGACUCUAUUGCAUAUAGGUGCCGUGUACAGCCUGUUCCUCAUUCCUACAGCAUCACAUUUGACCUUGCUUUGGUCCGCACUUUGUUUUUUGAUAAGUGCUUUGGGAAUUACUGCAGGAGCUCAUCGCCUGUGGAGUCACAGAUCCUACAAGGCAACAUUACCUCUUAGGAUCUUUCUUGGUGCUGCAAACUCAAUGGCAUUUCAGAAUGAUAUCUUUGAGUGGGCUCGAGAUCACAGGGUUCACCACAAAUAUUCAGAGACAGAUGCUGACCCUCACAACGCCCGCAGAGGCUUCUUCUUUGCUCACAUUGGCUGGCUGUUGGUACGCAAACACCCUGAUGUCAUUGAAAAAGGACGCAAGCUGGAAAUCAGUGACCUAAAGGCCGACAAAGUUGUAUCUGUCUCCAACAGGUAUUACAAGCCAUCUGUGCUGCUCAUGUGCUUCUUCAUCCCCAUGUUUGUGCCUUGGUACCUGUGGGGGGAGUCUCUGUGGGUGGCGUACUUCAUCCCCGCUCUGCUGAGGUACACCUUGGUACUGAACGCCGCCUGGUUGGUCAACAGCGCAGCUCACAUGUGGGGGAACCGGCCCUAUGACAAGAACAUCAACCCCAGGGAGAACAAGUUUGUCACGUUCAGCGCUAUAGGCGAGGGAUUUCACAACUAUCACCACACGUUCCCCUUUGACUAUGCAACCAGCGAGUUUGGCUGCAAGUUGAACAUUACCACUUGUUUCAUCGACGCCAUGUGCUUCUUGGGUCUGGCCACGGACUGCAAGAGAGGGUCCCGUGAGAUGGUUCAGGCCCGAGUACAGCGUACCGGAGACGGAAGCCCCCGAUGCGGCUAAGAUUGAUGAAUUGAUGAAUCAAAGGCAAAACAACCGAGGAGAAGAAGCUUCACAGUCCUCUGACAGCUAUACAUUCUUCAUCCUCUGAGGAUAAAAGUCAUCUUCAUGAGAGCCUUGACCACAUUUAGCUUGUUUUUGUGUUUUUUUCGUAGCUGUAGCUAAUCAAGAUGGAUUUAAAAAAACACAUUUUGCUAAGCUCUUGGCCUUGGUUUCUAUUGUUCAGGCAGGCCAAGGUCUUGCAAAGAUGUUUUAGAUUUGAAGUAGAUCAAUUUUAAAAGUCCACUUCAUUCUCCACUGUUUUUGCCACUUUGGUGUGCAUUCUUCAUGAAAGGUCAGUCAUGUAGCCGAUUAUUUUUAUGUAAGUAUUACUCAGUUAUUAAUCAAUAUAGACAAGAAGCAGAGCACUGAAAAUAUGGAGUAACAAUGUUUCAAUGGAUGAGGUAGGAUAUUGAUUGGAGACUGACUUGUCUUUAUUGCAGUUCACAGCAAGUUCUUACCGUUUUAAUGUACAGUAAAUUUACUUUUUGAGCGCUUUAAGAUCUGAAAAAAGGGAUGAGAGUUUGAAUCAUGAUUUGUUAAAAAGCUGCUGGCUUUAAUGAAAUGUGGCAUAUGGUGGAAGAGUGAGGGAACCCAGACCUUCUUCUAAUGUAUAACCUGACUUUACUGACAACAGAGUAAUGCAGUGUGUAACUUAUGAAAUAUGUAGAAAAGGCAAAGAUUACCACAUACUGUAUGCCUGUGUAGUGAAUGGAUCAAGUGUUCUCAAGACAAUAUAAGUGAUGCAUUUAUCAUUAAAUUAAAACUGCCGUUAAAUAUUAACAGGAAACGAUAAAUGUAAUUUUGACUGCAAUGUUUAAUCAACUUUUUUUGUGUUUUUAAUUAACAUUUCAUAGUGCCAAGAGCGUGCCAAUUGUCGACAUAUUUAUAACCAUCUUAAUGGUCCACUAGAGCACACAGUCGAUAUUGCUUCUUCACUCAACAUCAUUAUGGAAGUUUUUUAACAUCAGUGGCUUUUAUUCCUCUUUUAUCCAACUUGUCCCUGAAUAUUCCAGAAACAUCUGCAGCAGCGAUCUCACUGGUCAAUGUAGCAGCCGGUCGUGUGACAGUUCUGGUUUUACAAAACAACGUGCCACCCAUGCAUGACGAUAUACUGUAGUCAGUGUUGUAUUGAGGUGUUUUAUCGGUGAUUCUAAUGACAGAACUGUGUCUAUUUUUGUAACGUACUGUGGAGCUGCAUCGCUUUUUGGAUCAUCAGAACUGUUGUCGUGGAGAUUUCUGAGACGGGGUCUGGUUUCCCUUUGAUGUCCUACAAAGCUUAUUGUCAUUGCUAAAUUCCAGGUGCAUCGAUGUUUAUGCUCAUCUUCAAUUCUGGUGUGCGGAAUGCUUAUAUUAUCUUAUUUAUGUAUUUAUUUGGUUUUUUUCUAAUUGACUAAAAGAAAGUUUGCUCUGACCUAAACCAGAUUUCUGCACUCCAAGAUUUGGCAGUAAAAUAUAUCAAAUUGGAGCACUUGUUUAUUUUUUCCCAAGAGUCAGGAUAUAACCUAAUGCCUUAUGACUUGCAUCCAUUCCUGAUCUUCUUCACGCCCCGCCAGUGAAGAUAAAAUGCUCAAAACAAAUCUGACCAAGGUCCAUGUUUACAGGCUGAAGCACCAGGUGGAACAAUGUUUUUUCUUCUUCUAAAAACCCAUUUAGCAUGACGACAUCAAGGUGAUGUAAAUGCAGAAAGAGGAUGGAGGUUGAUAGUCAAAGAAUCUGAUACAAAUUAAAACGCCUGGUGCAAAUGUUCAAACGUCAGAUUUCGACUUGCAAAAUGUGGGCCCAGAUGUGCCAACAUAGUUUCAACCCAUCACAGGAUCUCAGUAAGAAAACCUCUAAACAAAUGUGCUGUCAAUCAGGGAUGUUAGAGCAUCAUUAGAGCACUUACCAAAACCUGACAAUAUUACAAGCAAACAUGUAAACAACUCCUGCUCCCCAGAGUGCCAAAAUCAACAUUUUCCUAAUGACGAGGAGGAUCAAAAGGUUGUCGGCCUGAAUGAUAAUGUCAAAUCUCAACUGUAUUCUAAUAUGAAAUUAAAACACAAUUUUGUCAAUACAAGUAAUUUCAUUAACAGUUGUUGCUCUUCUUUUUUCUGUUUUUUUUUUCUUUGUGUCUGAUAUAAAUCUGCACUGCAUAAUC